CCGUUCUCGUGUUGUUUUUUUGUGCCAUUCCAUUUGGGGCUUUAUCUCCAUACCUUGACACAAUGGAAGAAAGAUAACUAUAUUAUCCCACCAUAUCCAGUUUUAAAACCAGAUCCCCUUCAUUCCUUUUAUAGAUGAUACUACACUGUCUUCGUCAUAACCAUCACCAAUUAUCAUCAUCAUGUACAUACUACAUAGAGGAGUCAAACAUAUCAAUCAAUUCUUACCCUUCACCAAUCAUUGGUUGAUUUUAGCAGCUUCCGUCCCAGUAUCAUUAGCUUGUGGGACGUUAUUUGCAUAUUCGGUAUUCUCCACUCAAUUGGCUGAACGAUGUCAAUUGGAUGUCUCUCAAUCUGCCAAUUUGAAUAUCAGCGCCACGGUUGGAUCUGCCUUUGGAGCCAUAUUAGGUGGAUUGGUGACGGAUUAUUAUGGAACUCAAUUACCUAUGUUGAUAAGUUCAUUUUGUAUUGGGUUUGGAUAUUUAUGGUUGUAUUGGCAAUUUAAUUUAGGUCCCGAUAGUAGUAUUACUCAAUUGUUGUUGUCGAUGCUUUUGAUUGGGAUUGGAUCUGUGUCAGGAUAUUUUAGUUCGAUUAAAGCUGUUACGGUUAAUUUUCCAAAUUUUAAAGGUACAGCUCAAAGUAUUACGAUUGCAUCAUUUGCCAUUUCAAGUUUGAUUUUCCUGAAUAUUGCCACUAGAGUGUUUCAUGGUGAUGCUGGUCCAUUCUUGAAAUUCUUAUCUAUUACUUGUGGAUUACUGAUUUUCAUUGGAUUUGUGUUUAUUAGAGUAGAUGGGUAUAUCGAUCAUCAUAUUAUUCAUCCUGAUGAUGAAGUUACGGUUGAAGAGGUUGCUGCCACUGAAUCUGAUCCAUUACUUGGUAGGUCAGAUAGUGUAAGUACUGAUAUUGAAACUGCGGGUAAAAAUUCCUUAAAUGAUUUAAAACAUAAAUCUUUAAAAGAAUCAUUUCUUCAUCCUGUAUUUUGGUAUCAUUAUUUCAUAUUUGCCAUUGUACAAGGAUUAGGACAAGUUUAUAUAUUUUCAGUUGGAUUUGUAUUAAAAGCCAUUCAUUAUUAUUUCACCAGAGUUAUCCCACCUGAUAUUAAUACUACCAUUCCAACUUUAAAUCAAUUACAAGCAUUACAUGUUUCAAUCAUUGCUAUUGCUUCAUUCUUAGGAAGAUUAAGUUCAGGUCCAGCUUCUGAUUUCUUGGUCCAUAGAUUAAACAGUCAAAGACAUUGGAUCUUAAUCAUUGGAUUAUCAUUUAUGCUUACUGGUCAUGUGUUAAAUUCAUUCGUAAUCGAUCUUAUAAGUCUUGAUUUAUCAAAAGUCAACAUUUAUCUCAUGGUUGUUUCUGCUUUAAUUGGGUAUGCUUAUGGAUUAAGUUUCACCAGUUAUCCCGCCAUCAUAUCUGAUCUUUUCAAUAUGAAGAAUUAUAGUUUUAUAUGGGGAGCAAUGUAUACCGCUACCACCUUUGGUCUUACCCUUAUGACCAAGAUCUUUGGUUAUGUGUAUGAUAAAAACACUACUAAAUGGGAUGAUACCACUCAUGAAUAUGUCUGUGCUAAAGGAUCAGGCUGUUAUAAUACUACAUUUCAAAUCACUUCUGGUUUAUGUUUAUUAGCCAUGAUUCAAAUUCUUGGAUAUAUAUAUUAUAAAAAUUAUCAAACUAUUCAUUCAACUUAGAUUAUCAAUUUCAUUUCUUCUGUACUCUGUACACAUUUAGAUUCAGUUCAUUUUAUACACGACAUGAUCAUUAUUACAUAUCUGUAGACACUUCUCUUGUUAUGAAUAACUCUGUAAACAUGAUAAUGGACUGCUGUCCUAAAACGGUAAGGGCUCUUUUGCGCUU